GAGCAUCACAAGCACGCUAUAUCAAAGGACACGUGGAAUCUACUUCUAGAUUUUAGUAAUAUGAUAACUGAUGAUAUGGAUAAUUACGAUGAAGAAGGUGGGUUUGAAAGGAUUUGCACAAAGUUCGUGUUAGGAGCAUUUAAUAUGUUCAGUGUAGACCGCGUUGAACAAUAUUUCACUACGAGUACCUGCCAGGGUUCGCAUAUCUCUGACAGUCUAUGAAUUGGAAUGCAUAUGUUUCAGGUCUUUGAAAAGUCUGGAAUUGUAUCAAACAGCAAAGAAAGUCUUAGAAAGUAUUUGAUUCGUGUGAUUCCCUAACUAAUGAAAUGGAACGAUAACGGGCAACAUUUUCACUGCAGAUAUCGAAGAGAAGGCGUAUUUUAGGAUUAUUAUUCAGCUCACCACCCAUCGGGUCUUUUCAAUAACAGAUUACAUCAAGUAUUAGGCUUACUUAUAUUACUUGGUUAGUCUCAUAUUUGUGAUUACUUUCCUAAUUGUGCGUAUACUACCCCACAUUGUCAACUUUCCCCGUGGGUGGAAACUAGAGCGUACGGGAUCUUUAAUUAAGCCCAGGUCUUCAUCAUAACGCAAUGAUCAUAAUGAUCUAACGAAGAUCUUGGAUUACAGAUUGAACGUUUUACGAAAUAAAAUAACCGUUAUAUUUUCAACGAAGCAAAACAAGGUAGGGCGGAACAGCAGGACAGAACAGAGCAGGACAGAACAGAGCAGAACAAGGCAGAAAGCAGGACAGGACACUAGGACAGAACAGGACAGAGCAGGAUAGAGCUGAGCUGAGCAGAACAAGACAGGACAGCAAAGCGGGACAACAGAACAGAACAGAACAGAACAGAACAGAACAGAACAGAACAGAACAGAACAUUCAAAUUAAAAUAGCAAUUAUGUAUAUUUUCUAUUCAGGUGCAUGGCCUGUCUUGAUAGACGAAUUCGUGGAGUUUGCAAAACCACUUGUUCAAGGAAGACAAACGUCGGUCUAA